AUGGGCACUUCAAUGGCUGCGGACUUUCCUGUCGGGCAGAAGUUUCAAAUCGUCUUGAAUGGAGUACCAGAUACUGGAAAGGUUUUAGCACCGGCUGAUGCGAUGGUUUGGGACGUGGACGCAGAAGAUACCACCAAAGAAACGAUAGCCGCUUUGCACUCUCUUGGAAAAACAGUCAUCUGCUAUUUCAGUGCAGGCACAUAUGAGAAUUGGAGACCCGAUGCGAAGCAAUUUCCGACUGGAGACUUAGGAACGACACUCGCGGAGUGGCCAAAUGAGAAGUGGAUUAGACUGAGUAGCACAGGUGUAAGAAACAUCAUGAAAGCGAGGAUAGCUAGGGCCGCUCAGAAGGGUUGUGAUGCGAUUGAUCCCGAUAACACAGAUGCUUAUCAAAAUAGCAACGGUCUCAACAUGAAAGCAACUGACUCCAUCGAUUAUAUAAGAUAUAUAGCGAAAUACGCCGCUACGUUAGGAAUGAAAACUGGGCUCAAAAACAGCUUGUCAAUCAUACCUCAGGUCGCCGAUCUUAUGUCUUUUGCAGUCAACGAGGAGUGUGCCAAAUUCUCCGAGUGUGAUACGUACAAUAGCUUCAUCAAAUCUGGCAAACCAGUAUACCACAUUGAAUAUGUGGCCAAACCACCCACGAUCACGAAUGACGAGAGAAGAAUAUUCUGUACGUCGGGUGGUAUGGCUGGGUUCAGUACGGUCAUGAAAAAUAUGACGCUUAACGGCUGGACUGCAUACUGCGAUGGCAGCACCGCAAUAACAGAAACUACGCCCGGAGGCAUUAUUCCAGGAAAGCCGCCGAACCCACAUCCGACGAGCACAAUAACCACUACAACGUCAUACAGUUGGUCUAACACGACUUUUACAACCUCAACGACUCCAACGCUUAGUGAAUCUACUGUAACGAGGACGACAACUACCAGCAAGUCUUCUACCACGAUAAAAACCACGAGUCGAACGACUUCCAAAACCUCGUCAAAGACCAGCACGUCGAAAGCGACCUCUUCGACGCCAGCUCCAGGUGGUGGAUGCGCGCAAAAACAUUGGGAUCAGUGUGGUGGAAACGACUGGAAAGGUUGUACAACUUGUGCCUCUGGAUUUUCGUGUAAAGGAGUCUCGCCACCUUAUUACUACCAGUGUCUAUAA